AUGUGGAUACUCCGAUAUAAGGUUGAAACUCAUAGCGUAAAUGGCUCAAUUCUGGAAAGUGUUUGUCUAUCAAUAUUGUCUACAAUCGAGACCAUAGGCUCAGAUUCCCUGGUUGUGUAUUUAUUCGAGGACUCAUUUUGUUCAUCUGUACUUAACGAGUUCAAGGGCCUUAAUUCGUGUUUCCAAAUCGUUGUAGGAAACCUAAAGAGAGUUUACAACAACAAACUCAUCUUUGAUGAGAACAAAUGGUUUGAAGAUGAGGAGGAAGAGGAGUUUGAACUUAAAAAUAAAAUCAUAAAUGAAGGACUUCAAGACCAACUCAUUUCACUAUAUAACACUUGUGAUGAUGAUCAGUGGAUUCUCAAUAAAAAACAUCAAUCAGAUAUAUAUUUUUGUCCCGAACUAGCACAUUUUCAAAGUAAUUAUAUAACCGACCAUACCAUAGUUAUUACUACAGUAACCUAUAAUUCUGUAGAAAAUGUAAAAAGUGAGGUUGAAAUAAAUAAUAAAAUAACGGUGAAAUUAAAACCAAAAAAAGACGAAAAAACACUGGUGGAAGAAUUUCUCUUGGAUAUCCAAGAUUCCGAUAAAUGA